CUCCUCAAGCUCAAGAGCAGGACAAGGAGUGUGUAUGUAAACAAAGGAGGAUCGGCUGCUUGGAGGCGUCGGUCAUCCACUGCCAGUUUGCUUAUACCUGAGUCUUGGUGGCGUUUGACGUGCCUGGUUCCUUGGGCACUGUACCUGGUGCAUUAAGAUGUCGUCUGGUGGAGCAAUGAGCCAGAAGGAGUACCUGAAGAAGUACCUGAGUGGCAGUGAUGCAGACAAAAAGAAAAAAAAGAAAAAGAAGAAGGAAAAAGUCUCUUCACACAACAAAGGGAUGCGCAUCAUUGAGGAUUCAGUGGACUUCAAGACUGUCCCGUAUGGCUACAAGCAGGAAGAUGACAAUCCAACCAUUGCUGAGGUGACAUAUGAAGAUGAGAAGCUCAAGAUAAUGGAGGAAUUUGACUCUAACAAGAAGUGGAAGAAGAUGGUGGACAAGUCAGGGGAAGGUUCUUGGCCACAAAGCAAUCAGGAGGGAAAGGACUCGCCUAGGAGAGUGGGCCUCGACUCUCCCUCACCCCCAAGACGAGGGAAGAAUGACUUGGUGCCUCAGAGAAGAGUGAGACACGAUUCUGACUCCACACCACCAAGAAGAGCAAAGAAUGACUCCUCACCACCAAGGAGAACUAGACAUGACUCAAGUGACACAGAUGAAUCACCACCAAGGAGGUCCAGAUACUCAGCCACUCCUCCCCAUAAGACCAGACAUGACUCUGACUCAUCUCCAGGCAGAAGGCAUGAUUCUGAGUCACCUCCAAAGAAGCCUGACUCUAGUCCACCAAGGAGAACGCGCCACGACUCUCAGUCACCACCACGGAGGACAAGGCAUGACUCUGGCACCCCGCCCUGGAAGAUGCACCAGGGGUCCACCACACCACCACUGGAUAAGAAAACAGACAUUCUGAAAAAGGCACACAUCAGAAACCCAUCUCCUCCUCCUGCUAGAGUGAGGAAAGACUCUGAUUCAUCACUCUCAGAUGAUGGAAAGAAAAAUGUAGGUCAGCCUUCAGACUUACCACAGAGACAAAGGCGACAUGACUCCAGCAGCACCUCACCACCACCACGAAGGAAGAGACAUGACUCAGACAACUCUCUGCCAAGGAGACAUGAUGCAUCCAGAUCAAGUUCAAACAUGUCAUCCAAGAAAAAUAAGCAAAACUCAAACUCCCGUGAGCAAGAUUAUUCAGAUGCAUCAAAUUCGGACUCCUCAGACUCUUCGCCUGGUAAACGCAACUCGGCGUACUCACCACCACCAAGGAAGAGUGGCAAGGAUGGAAAGCUUGCGCCACCCAAGAGGAAACCACAAGAAAUGAAGGCAUCUGGUGUAUCUGGCCAGCACACUUCACCUAGAAGGAAGCCGUAUGAUGCUGAUCUUUCACCCCCAAGGAGGAAAAGGCAUGAUUCUGAUUCAUCACCUCCAAGGAAGAAGAAACUUGGAUCCAGUUCAUCCCCACCAAAGAAGUACGACUCUGAUGUAUCACCACCACGCCAGAAGAGACGGGACUCUGACUUGUCACCCCAGAGGAAGAGACAUGAUUCUGACUCAUCUCCCCCAAGGAAGAAGAGACUUGCCUCAGACUCAUCUCCUCCCAGGCAGAAGAGGUAUGAUUCAGAUGUUUCACCACCUCGCCAGAAAAGGCACGACUCUGACUCCUCACCAGUAAGAAAGAAGAGACACAGUGACUCAGAUUCAUCGCCUCCCAGAAUGAGAAAAGGAAAACCAGGUCUUGCAUCCCCGCCCCGGAGGAAGGGAGGGGACAGCCAGCCUGAUGGUGGACAGAUGCGACCAGAACGCAAGAUGACCACCCAGGAGUUUUUGUCAGCAAGGAAACAUGGCCGGCUAAAGAAAGAUACCCCUGAGGACUUAGCCAGGAAGGAGAGAGAGGCUGUACUGCAGCAACAGGCAGAGGAGAAGCACCAGCAGUGGAAGCAUGGAGUGAAGCAGGUGCAGGAUUAUAAAAAGAAAGUAGCCAGCGACUUGCAUGAGAUGGGCAAGGCCUUCACUAGGACAGCAGAUGAUGCUGACAUGAAUGCACAUCUCAAGUCAAUAGCUCGUAAGGAGGACCCCAUGCUGGAGUACAUGAUGAAGAAGGAAACAAAGGUCAAUAAUAAGGUUUCUGUUAAGCCAGUCUUCAAGGGCUCCUUUCCCCCGAACAGACUGGACAUAAGGCCUGGCUGCCGCUGGGAUGGGGUGGAUCGCUCCAGUGGUUUUGAGAAGCGUUGGUUUGAGCAUCAGAACAAUAAGAGAGCUCACAAUGAAGAUGCAUACAAAUGGAGCGUUUCUGAUAUGUAGUCUUUCCAAAAUUCCCUCAUUUCUUUUCUUGUUUCCUCUUCAGCUUAUUGUACAUGUUGAUUAGGUUAUCGGAUAGUUUUCUAAUAUGUAUUGCUUAUUCUUAUCUCUCUGAAAUGAUAUACAAUAUUUGCCAGCAGAUAAAAAAAAAUGCAUAGAAGUGUUCUUCCCUUAGAAAAUAUGACUGCAACUUGUCUGCCAGCAAAUAAGGAUAUACUGCUCUUCAUGGUUACUUUGUUGAGGAUUUUUCAUCAGGACGUUUAAGGUGUGUGUGUGUGUGUGUGUGUGUGUGUGUGUGUGUGUGUGUGUGUGUGUGUGUGUGUGUGUGUGUGUGUGCGUGCACGUGCACGUGCACUCAGACAUCACCAAGUCAGUUUGCUUGAUGUAUGUGCUGUUUGUUUCAUAUUUAUUGUUAAUUAUGAUGCAUUACUAGUGAUAAUUUACUGUAAGCACUUCUAUUAUUUAAUUUUUUUAAACACAUUGGUCACUGGUCUUUGAAAUAUCUUACAGGCUUCUCAUUUCAACCAGUUAAUUUCUGCUAACAUGUUUGAUACAUUAAUUCAUGAGAAGGCUGUAGAGUAUUUUUGAUGUGAAAUGGGGAGCAGAGAACCAAUACAUAAUCUAACAUACAAUAUUAAUGACUAUUUGUGUAAAUACUCAUUAGUGCAAAGAACAAGCCGUCAAUAUAUAUGUGUGCACGAAAGUGGCUGCAAGGAUUCUCUGUCAUUCCCACUGUGUUAGGCUAGAAAAACUAAGUAAAAAUAUUGAAUUAAAAUAAAUUAAUCAGACUUUUGUAAAUUCAUGUCUAAAUAUGUGAAUUAUAAUAUGAUGGAAGA